GAAAGUGGCAUCACAUCACACAUUUAUUUCAUUUUCUACGGAAUUCCCAAUCAUUUCAGUCGAAAACAUAAAAGUUCAACAUAGUGUGGAAUCGAAUAAAAUCAAAUAAUUUUACCAUUUGGGAUGCUGUUCGAUCGUCCGAAAAAUGAUAGUAAAAUGAAAAGUGUUUGCUGUGCCGAGAUUGUAAGCAAAUGCAUCGAAAUAUCUUGACGGAAGUUAUGAUAAAAAACGGGUUGAUAACAAUAAGUGUUAACAAAAUAAAUAAAAUCGAAGAAAAUUUACGUGAAGCAAUAAUUUCAUCACGACAAGUAAUUUAGAAUGGAGAAGGAGACGAACGAGGAUAUGAAGCAGUUGUAUCGGUCACUGUUUAGUGUCGUCAAACAGCUGGACGACAAACGAAAAUCCAUCACCGACAUCAAGCAAAUUUUUGCCGACGACAUCGAGGAUAUCCGGCGACAAAUCGUGGCACAAAGUGAAAAUCUAAUAUUCCACUAUGAUGAGAUCGUUGGCAAGAAGUCCCGUGAAGUUCUGUGGCGAAAGGGCUACUACGAACUGAUAACAUUGGCGAAAAGUUUGUGGUUGAAAAGCGGAGAGAAAAACGACGAAAAGAAUCUGAGCCGACUGAUCACGGAAGGUAUCGAAACGUUCAAGUCGAUCAUCGUGCGCAUGGAAGAGGAGAACAUGAGCGAUGAUUUGCGACAUUUGAUUGACUUUUCGAUUUUGGAGAGUAGCAACGGAGUGACUGUGAAGAAUGCGAUGGACUGGAAUCGUGAAGUUUCGAACGGUACCAUCCAUUAUGUGAAUACGACCGUGCACGCAUCAUUAUUGUCAAUUGGCGAUCUGCAUCGUUACUACAUUGACUUCAACUUUACCGAUUCGAAGUUCACCAAGGAAUUCGCAUCGCGAUACUAUCUGGAGGCGUUCAAUUUGAAUCCGAGCAUCGGUAUGGCCCAUAACCAGUUGGGAACGCUAUUCUCUGGUCGAAAUUACGAUCUCGAUUCCACGUACCAUUACUUGUACUCGUUGAUCUGUUCGACGCCAUUCGAAUUCAGCGAGCACAACGUGGCCAAGAUAUUCCUAAAUUCAUCGACGUACGUGUGCAAAUUGGAGGAUGGCAAAUCGUCCGAUUCGGUGCGUGACUUCAUUGCACGCUUCAUACUGAUCGCAGACAUUUUCUUUUUCGACAAAGACGUUACUGACUUCAUCAGUCUCUGUCACGGUUGGCUGGUCGAUUUGAAGGAUCUACUGCAGGCGAAACAUCGCCCGCUGACCAAGAAUAUGCUGUUCAAAAUUGUGAUGACACUGUUCUUCUGCAUGACCAAGCUGAAGGCCAACAGCUCACAGAAGUUGUACAGCCUGAUCGCAUUGAUGGUGGCAAUCACAUCGGAAAUGGUCGACGUAUGCAUCGUCAAUAUGGAGAAGUUCCAGAGCCAGCGCAAGAAGCAAGACGAACAAUUUCAGGAGAUGUACGAAAUGCUGUUCGGACUGUUCCAGAAAGACGUACGCCGAUCCAGAGACGUUAUCAAAUCGAAACAAGAACCGCAUGCGGAAAUGUGCAACGACACGAAAUUCGACCAUCCAAUAUUGCUGAAAAAAGCCGCAACCAACCAACCGACCGUUAUCGUUGAAAUGAAUGGAUCGCAAAUGUCAGCUGCGAACGAGAUUCUACCAUCGGCCGGAAGUAGUGGUCGUGAAAAGGAGUCUGACGGGAAGUCGUCGACUGUAUCGAAGUCGAAGAAAAAGCAACUGACUCGGCGUCGACGCAAGCAAAUGAAUUCGGAUGAAUCGGACGACAGCGAUUUGAGCAGCGAUUUUGAUUCGGAAUAUGAAAUGGAUUCGAAUUUCAGCUCAGAAGAUGAGGAAGAGGAGGAGGAAGAAGAGCUUAGCUCUUGUUAUUCAAGUGAUUUUGAGGACGACGAUGCUAAAGGAUUUUCGGAUGAUGAGGAUGAAAAUCCCAACAAUGGCGGAAACAGCGAUGCCGAUUAUGAGAAGCAACUGAAUGGUUUCCAUGGGGACGUCGAGCCAAAAGAGUCAGAACCGAAUUUUUCCACUUUCAUGAGUCCAGCAGUGGAUAUGUUUGCUGACCUGACGAAGUCGGAUUACAAAUUGAAUUUCAAUUUGUUGGAUGACGAUGAUGCAGACAUUGUCAUUGAGGAGGAAUGUGUGUACACUCAAUGUGGUGAGAGAAAUUCGCCGGCUAUCAGUCCAGAAAUCAAUUACAAUCUGCCCGUGGACGCAACCAAUCCAACGACCACCGAUUCGUAUGGAAGUGAUCAUCAUCAAUCCGAUCAGAAGUUUGAGAAAUUGCGCUACAAACGUGACUACAACCGCAUUGACCCGAAUAUUGUCAUCGAAUUCGCUCAAUACGAACCGUGCGUUGAAUCGCUUAAAAUCCUUUUCGAUUGGAUGAAGGUGAACAAUGACAUCCUGUUGAAUUGCUACUCAUCCAAUCCGGAAUUCAUUCAUAAGAUCAUGAAACUGAUGAACCUGUUCAACAUCGACAUUUUCACCCGGAAAGUCUACUUCGAACGCAACUUCAUCAAAACUCAGAACGUUCGUGCGGAUCUAAGAUCGCUCUUUGACAAUCGCGUAAAAAUUCCGCUGGAAGAGGACAUCCGUUUGAAAGGGUUCCAAUUGCUCAAAUCGUCACAACAUCCGCUCGACUGGACUGUGCCGAACAAGUUGAAGUUAACCGAAAACGAGUGCCACAUCUUGCGCCUGUUCAAGUUGAUCGAUUUCGGCUUUUUCAUGUGCAAAAUGAAGAAGUUCCGUUACAAUUUCUGUGCGCGAUCCAGACGUUUCAUCGAAGUGUUGUCGCGUAAAGAACGUGGCGGUCGACGAAGUUCCCGUCAAAGUGAGACCAAAAAUAACAAUGAACCGCGACGGCGUAAUCGAGGUGGACGGCGUAAGAGACGUUUGAAUCGCAACGGACCUGUGGUCAUGCAAUCGACCACAACCAGCAACGACGAGAAGGAGAUCGACGACGCGAAGGUCAUAAUACCGAAGAAAAGUUAUUUGAAAAAUCGAAGCGUGAAGUUGCUGUCGGACAAGGAGAAUUCCGGCGAGGAGACGAAAUGUGAAAUUAUGGGGAAAUUGUGGCUGCAGAACGAGGUAAAGACGCUGGAGACGAUUGUCAAGAAGGGACCGAUUAACAAGCAUACACCUUACCUGGUUCUCGAUACGAACUCGUUGACGCAGCACUUGUCUCUUGUGAAGACUUUGAUUCAAUCGAAGAAGUUUGUCUUAUUGGUUCCUAAUGCAGUCAUAUCCGAACUGGAUGAAUUGAAGAAAUCCGCCGAUAACGCACGCAUCACUAUUCGCUUUUUGGAACAACAAUUCAGCAAAGGGAGUCGCUUUAUACGUUCACAACGCAACAAUGAAUCGUUGUCGAUUCCGCUGGUCAAAAUUCCCAAAAAACUAGAUCGCGAACAUUCGAUUUUCAUUCAAAUUGCCCAAUUCUGCAACUACAUCCAGACCCACCAUUCGGACAACAACAUCAAAGUGGUGACACUGCUGACCGGCGAGAAUUUGAAUUCGAAAAAGUCGCCCGUCUUCAGCUACUCGGGCAUCCUGAAUGCCGUAUCCGUUGACUUCGAGCGAAUAACCACAUUUCACGCAAAGUAUGAGAAAAAAUGAACGCGCCGACACGGAUUUGAUGGUCAACUGAUGGGUCAAUUUUUUUUCGGAAAUCAUGCAAAACAAUUAACGGGGAAUAUUAAUGCGAGAUAACCUGAAAUAAUCGAUGUCAAUCUGCCGAUAA